AUGUCAGCAGCGGAGAUGUGGAAAGUGAAACCAGAUUCGGAUCAAUGGGCGGUCCGCGUCGGCGGGGAUCAAGCGGGGACAUUGCCGACGAAAAAGGCCCGACCGGGUUUGAUACGCGUGGAAAGUAAAUCGAUUAACUCUGAGUCUGAAAAUGGAGCAAAAACGACGCCGUGCUUGAUUGGAAGAGACCCACGUGCACUCAACGCCCACGUGCAGAUAGAGUUUUCCAACAUUUUCGGCGAAGCAGACGAUGCGCAUUCCUUGCAGUGCACGUGGCGCAUUUCGUCCCGCGUGUUCACGUGCUGUCAACGCACGUGCUACCAAUGCUGGUCUGCGCUCUGCGCAUGCCCAGUGUCCAUGGCGUACGGAAUUGUGUUUGGCGCUACCGCUGUGGCGCACGUGUGGUCGCUAACGCCGGCCUGGCGCUUCUUUGACACGUGCGUGAUAGACCCGUUACGGAGUUUCGCGAGAUUACAUCCUGUCCUUCUGACCACAUGGCAAUACUCAGAUAACAGCCAUGACUUCUGA